UUGACACCACAUUAACCAUAAAAUAUAUGAAGCUAAACUUAUAUCCCCAAUAUAUACAUACUUCUUUGACAAAUAACCAAUUUUCCAAUCAGUCAAGAUGCCGCGCCGUAAGCCAACUAUUAAAACCGAUGUUAUCGGAGACUUGGACCUCAGUCCCGAGCAGGCCAUCGAGGACUAUAAAGUUUCGAAGCAGCAGGAUCAGUUUUUCGUAAAACCGCCAAACUGGGACUCCGCUGGCGAGUCCAUUGAGAUGCUUUACAUCGCCAACCUGCGCGAGUACGAUGCCAUGAAACAGGUCCAGGUCCAGCUGCUGAACGAUGCCAAGCGGCAGUCUUCGCUAAAUGUCCAGCGCAUCCGGAAGAUGUACAAAAUGCAGGAAAAGCUGCGAAAACGCUUCGUCGAGGUGAACGGAUUCAUCAAGGAUUGCGCGGACAAGAAGCGCAGCUCAGACAAGUGCAUCCGCGAGGAGUCGGUUCACCACGAGGAAGUCAUUAAGCUCAUCGAUGAGUAUAAGACCUCCAUUUCCGUGCUGAAAUCAUUUCGAAACGACCUCAAGGCCACCACGGCCAAGUUCCAACCUUAUGAGAGGGUCUUGAAUGAUGUGGUGAAGGUCUCUGACAUAUUUGUAUCCACAAAGGACUGUAUUGAUCGAUGUGAUGCUUUGAUGCUAGCCCAGGUGGAAAUUAAUGAGUUGGGAAGCCAGAAGCUGAAGGAAAUCGAGGAGAUGCGCCAGCGAAUGGUGCAAUUGACCAGCGAGGCAGCUCUAACGGUUCUGGGCCUCAAGAACGACCUGGCCCGACUGGAGCGCUCCUAUGUACACUCGCGUGCCACAUGCCUCAAGUGGGAGAAGAUCCUGAGCGCCUGCAAGGACUCUACCAUAAUGUACAGCCUUGACAAGGAGCGCAUGUUUGAUGGCAUACAGAUAUUGUAUCGUUUGCUGUGCAAACGUCGAGAUAUUUCCCAGAGUUUUCAUAGCCACGAGAUCGAUCGCAUCAUGAAUUUUGCGUUCGGUGAGAUUACUCUUCUUUCGUCGGUUCUUCAGGAAUUGGAGUCCGGCAAGUCCGAUAAAACAGGCACAGGAACCAUGUGCUAAAUGGAAUAUUUGUUUAACACACUUCAUAGAGCAUUAUUAAAACUUUUCAAGACUAAAAAGAU